AUGAGUAUUGACAGCUUUUUGGUGGACAAUGUUCACAAGUAUGAAAACGGCCGCCAGUUCAAUGGCUGGGUGUCCAGCAAAUGCUUAGACUUUGGCCGGGUGGCUGAAUUGUGUGACGUACUGAAAUACAGUGGACCACAGUCAGAAAAAGACGAGCAAGCAAUGAGGGUCAUAAAAGAAGAAGAAAUGUCUAAAAUGGGAUACUUCGAAAUUGUUCGAGCAUACUUCAAGUACUCUGGCGCAUGCGCACCGAUUGCACUGUCAUGCUUUGUAGCGAGUGCUGCAUUUGUGGCCUGUCAAAUGCUUUGCAUUAAAUCGUGGACGACAAUGAUGAUGGGCAUUACCGUAAAUACGACACGCUCUGACGGGAACAUUCUACGAUGGCUCGCCGUGUUUUGCAUAGGAGACGUCAUCCUAAGGCUUGCUGGAGGCGUGCUGCUGGCCCACGCCAACCGCCACCGUUGCAUGGAGCUGCACGCCGACAUGCUGGAGCGCGUCGCCGGCAGUGCGCUCUCUUUCUUCAACGCUACUCCGAGGGGCCGCAUCUUCAAUCGCUUUUCCGUGGACCUGGAAAUGAACGACACUCGCGUAUUUGUAUUCUCCAAGCAGCUUGUGCAGAACAUCCUUUAUGUUUUCGCACGCCUAGCUGUGAUUGGGACUCAGGCGCCCUUCGUGUUUGCCCUCACCCUUUGUGCUGAAAUCAUGUUGCUACUUUGCUUGCGUUACCUGAUACGUGGCACGAUGUUAGGACGUCUAUACGAAAGCACCCGGCUGUCUCGACUGCUCCAGCACCUGACUGAGACACUCGACUGCAUAGGCCUGAUACGUUGCUACGGGGUCAUGGAACGGUUCUGCAGUCGGUUCCGACGCAUGUUGAUGGUGUACUUGGAGUCUUUCAACAUGUUCGUGUACUGCUUCGCCGUAGGACGCCUCAUAAGCACCAUAUGCGCCCUGCUGAUAAUAGUGCUCACCGUAGCCAUCAUUGUGGCACCGGCCCAUGACGACCCUGGCUCCGCUGCAAUGGCUGGCCUGUCUCUUCUUUCAGCAUUUACGGUUCCAUUUGCCUUAGUGGUGGUUUUCGUCAGCGGAUUUUGGAACGCCUUGGGUGAAGCCGCUUUUCAAAGGGCACUAGAAUAUACUAAGCUGCCUUUGGAGAAGCCAUACUACGUGGGCAAAAUUACCGGCUCGCAGUCUAGCAAACUGCGCCUCGACAGCGCUGCGAGAAAGGCCUGCUCAUAG